GUGUAGCGAAGCUUUCGGCUAUGAAUGUAGCGUUUUUAUCACAUAAAAUGUAUUUAUAAUAGUUUUUAAGCGAUUUUAAUUAAAUACUAUGUAUGGAUAUUAUAUUAGUGACCACUAUAAACGUCCCUAAAUAGUUUUAAAGUGAGAAUAAGACGGUUAAAAGUUAAAAAUGAGUGUCCAAAAGAGUAACGGGCCCAUCAUAGAUCCUGCGUUGUGCAGAUGUUGCCGAGCUAUAAAGAAAUGUAGGGUUCUAACAGCUGAAUAUAACUGGAUGGGCAAGAAGGAAGUCUACGCGGACAUGGUCAUGGAUUGCUAUGGUAUAUUGCUAUCCCAUGUAGAUGAUAAUGAAAAAGACUCCGGCGUGUGCGCGACAUGCGUGGUGCGCCUGCGCGAAGCCAUAGCGUUCAGACACCAGGUGCUGCAAUGUGAGGAGUUGUUCCUGCAGGCGAAGCUGGCUCCGCCUGAGGAGGACAGCAAUAACAUCAACUAUGAAAACAAACUAAAAAAGCUGGAGCUAGAAAACAUAGAGCUGAAGACUGAGCCCAAGGACUACAACAGCGACCACAACUCCGUUGGGGACGACCACGACGACGCACUACCCACAUAUAGCGAUGAUGAAGACAACAAACCCCUGAAACCUGAGUCCAAACCCAACGAGCUGCCCCUCAAAGACUCCGAAGUGAAGAGCGAAGACUCCGAGGACUAUAACGGGAGCUCCAGCGACUCCGACGAGCCCAUCAAGAAGAAAGCUAAAAGAAAGAAGAAGACAAACGGGAAGGAAAAGAAGAAGACGGCUAAGAAGCAGAAAGCAGGUACCUCAGCAAAGAAAGCACCUAAAGUGAUGAAGAAACCGCCGGUAGAAAAGAAAAACACAUACGACAGAGACCUAGAUUGUAUGUCAGAAGAAAAUCUACUCACCAUAAUAGAGUAUUCAUACGUGUGUCCGUUCAAGAAUAGGAGGAAUAACUACUACUGCUUUUACUGUAAGGACUACUACGCCAAACCAGAGGACCUCCGAGCGCACACAGUCUCCCACGACACGAAACCAUUCCAGCUCCUAAUGGGCUACAAGAAAAUGCCUAAAAUCGACAUCACCCGCAUCGACUGCCGCCUCUGCACCACUAAAAUAGACGACCUCAACACCUUCAAACAACAUAUAGACCAAAUACACGGCAAAAAGAUAUACUUCGAGGCCCCCGACAAGAUGUUAUUCUACCGUCUAACUUGGAACGACCUAGUCUGUGUCAUGUGCAGUGAUGUGUUUGAGGAUUUUAACGCUUUAAACACUCAUAUGGUCGAACAUUUCAGUAAUUUCACUUGUGACAUGUGCGGGAUGUGUUUCUUAGAAAAACCUAGGUUAGACGCCCAUUUGAAACGACAUAAGGACGACGAGAAGCAUACUUGUGAAGUUUGCGGUAAGGUGUUCAAAAGUAAUCAUUAUAAGGAUAUGCAUGUGGAUAUUGUUCAUAAGAAAAAGGCUAUUAUACGCUGUCCGCGUUGCGAUGAGUGCUUCAUGUCUUACGCUUUGAAAAAUAAACAUUUAACCGAAGCGCAUGGACAGAAACGUACGUAUCCUUGCAAUUUAUGCGAUAAAAUUUAUAACAGACAGAAAACUUUGACAGAACAUCAGCGUAGGAAUCAUCAGAAAGUCUUAAAACAUCAGUGUGAAUAUUGCGACCAGAGAUUCUACUUACCAUCCAGGCUGAAAGAGCAUAUGGCAACGCAUACUGGGGAAAGGAACUUCCGUUGCGAGUACUGUGAUAAAAGCUACCCCAGACUUAAAUCUUUGCAGUAUCAUAUACGGACGCAUACGAACGAUCGGCGGUACAGAUGCCAUAUAUGUGGGCAGGCCUUUAUACAGAAUGCGAGCUUGAAAUCGCAUAUUAAGAGUCACCAUCCUGAGUGCGAUAUUGAGCAAUGCUAUUUCUAAGGUGAGACUUGAAAUGGACUGCUUUAGUUGUGAACGCUUAGGUCAAAUAUUUGUUUAUUAAUAUAUCUACGUUCUUUUUAAAAAAAAGUUACACGGCUUGCGUGGGUCAUAAAUAGCAAUAAAGUUCACGUCUCUUCUGUGGAUUAAACCAAAUAAUUGGGUUUGUCUUACCUGUGUAAUAAAAUCAUUACUUGAUUGAGGCUUUGCUUAUAUAGGUACAAAAGUUCUACAUAUUGAAAAAAUCUUACUUUUAUUAAAUAAAAGGAACCAAAUAGGGAAUAUUACGCGAAACUCUGCGUAGGUGGCGCCACUACCACAAUCUGAGGGUCUAUCGCGAAACAAGAAAAUCGAAAUUUCGUUAUCUAACAUCUCUGUCACUUGCAUAUUCGAGCGAUAAAGAGGCAGAUAGCGAAAUUUCGGAUUCUCGUUUCCCGGUAGGUCCUCUGUAAACAAACCGCUUUGAUGCAUCAAUGUCAUAUUUUAUUAUCUCUGAAAACUUGUCAAAAACCUGUUAAAGGUACAGUAUGAGUAUGUAUAAGUUACUCUAUGGUUUACUAAAAAGACUGGUGCUGCACUCUGGUGGCAGAACAUUGCAGUAAUAUCCCCUAUUCACUCAACUCAGGAUACUAUAUGCAAACAAGAUGUGAACCAUUCCACAGGAGUGAUAACUUUUAUUACGACUCGCAUAUCAAACAUUUUUUAAGUCGUGCAAAGCGGUAUUUACUUCGAACAAUAAUUGUAAUAUAACUAAUAUGCAUUUUUUUAUUAUUAGGAAAUUCGACUGUAUUAUUUUAAUAUUUAUUUCUUAAAUAUUUUAAGUUAUACAUGAUAGAAAGCAUAAAAAAAAUAACUUAUUUUUUGCUUUUAAAGACUGCUCUAAAUACAUCACAUUACUUAUUUCACUCACGGAUAAAGUAAUAUUAAGUCGCGCAUACAAUAUUCUGCAGUACUUUGCACGUCUUAGUAUUAUUUGUCUAUGGUUUCAUUUCCAACAAAGACGAGUAAAUAGAAAAGACUGUAAAUCUUUAUACUAAGUCGC